UAUAAUAAUAAAUGAAGAGAAAAAAAAAAAGAGUUAAGUAGUGGAUUGAGCCAGAGAAAAAGAAAACGCAAUAACUAGAAUCAUGAUUUUAAGCUUUCUGUGUGUGUUGCUUCUCCUAGCUCUGAUCAAGGCCUUUCAGAAACUAUGGUGGACUCCGACUCGCAUUCAGAAUCUGAUGGCUCUGCAGGGAAUCAGAGGUCCUUCUUAUAGAUUUCUCUAUGGGAAUGGCAAAGAAAUCUUAAACAUGCAAAAGGAAGCGAUGAGCAGGCCCAUAAGUCUAUCACAUGAUAUAUUUCCUAGAGUUCAACCUCAUAUUCACUCAUGGACCAAGACCUAUGGGAAGAAUUUUCUUCAAUGGUAUGGUCCUAAACCAGUUUUGGUCAUUACAGAACCUGAGUUGUGCAAAGAGAUCCUCAAUAACAAAGAAGGAGUCUAUCCAAAAUCGAAGCCCAGUGAGUUUCUGAAGAAGCUAACAGGAGAUAGUAUUUCUAUGACAGAAGGGGAAAAAUGGGCCAAGUUAAGAAAGGUGUCCAACCAUUCCUUUCAUGGAGAGAGCUUAACAAAUAUGUUUCCAGAUAUAAUAGCCAGUGCCGAGGCAAUGGUAGAAAGGUGGAAAAAUCAUGACGGAAAAGAAAUGGAUAUGUAUGAAGAGUUUAGGUUGUUUACUUCUGAAGUGAUUUCCAGGACAGCAUUUGGCAGCAGCUAUUUAGAAGGACAGAACAUUUUUGAAAUGUUGAUGAAGUUUUACCCCUUACUAUACAAAAGCUUUCUCGAAGUCAGGUUUCCUGGCAUGAGUAAGGUUUGUAGAACAUCAGAUUGAAGCACACAAGCUUGAGAAAGGAAUACGUGCCUCCAUAAUGGAGAUUGUUAAGAAAAGAGAACAAAAGGCAAUAAAAAUAACUGGGGAAAAAGAAAUCUUGGGGAGUGAUUUUCUGGGAUUGCUUUUAAAGGCUCAUCAUGGUGCCAAUGACAAGCAGCGGAUUUCAAUGAACGAAUUGGUUGAAGAGUGCAGGACGUUUUACUUUGCUGGACAAGAAACUAUAAAACCAUAGUUACAUGCUCACAACAUAUGCACAACAAUCAUAAAAAGAUCAAGGCUUACCUUCUGCAAUUACUGUCAUGGAUUCCAUCUUAUGCAGCUGCUAAACACGAUCACUGAAUAUGGUCUUCUGUUACUUACCAACUUGCUUCUCAAUGGACAGAACUUAUGCAAUAGUCGUGGUAGUAAUCAGGGACCAAUUCAUCUGUAUAUAUAUGAGACUUAAACCUCAAGAAGCUUCCCAUUAAAGCAUUCCUUGUCGGUUUAGGUUUCACUAUUAGAUUCCUAAUGUAUCACAACUUAUAGCCUUUCUUG